AUCGGCUCUGCGCCGUGAGAACAACCGUGUUUUCCGCAGCAUGGUUGUUUUCUUUGCGCUACAAGUCGUGGAGAUAUUUGACCAGUUCUAUGGUCAGAUCAUUAUUGCCUCCUAUGGCUUAGCAGCUCUGCACUUUUGGACCCAACGCGGGCUCCGCAUGACCAGCGGAUUCCUGGCGGAGUGCGAUUUCUAUCUGCGACUCCUGCGGAAGUUCAUGGGCGUCGAGGCGGGCUUGACUGAGGAGGCACAGAAGCGGGUGCACGAGCGACGCCGCGUCUCCUUGCAAGAGAUUGCGAGUUUGUGGUCGUUGGUAUUGGACCUUUUUGUGCUUUGCUUAUUCGUGUUUCAGGCAACCGGAGUGUCUCCACCAAUGAUCAACAGUAAAUGUUUCUUCGUGACUGUCUCCGUUGGUUCCACCGUCAUGCGCAGGAUGGGGGAUCCAGAGGUCGACCUCACACCCGAAAGGCUGAAUCGAGACAUGACCAUUAUGAGUUUGUUGGUGUUCGGAGCCACCUUGGGAAUGCCUCGCGAACUGAUGCCAGCCUGUUAUAUGGCCCGAAUGCUUUGUUUCACCUUCACAAACUCCCAGAUCAGCAACAAGGUCAACAUUUUCCUGGCACCUUUCUAUGUGAUCUCGCACUGGCUCAAUGCACCCAAUGCUCCGGUAGAGAGGCUGCUGUUCUCGAUGAUCGGCGAGAUGGUGGCGGUGGCUUUGAUGAUUUUGGUGGUCACCAACCUGGAUACCAAGGAGCGGCACGCUGCAGUGGCCACCCUCGAAUUGGAGGCCAAGGUGAAAGAAGUGCAAGAAGCAGAACAGGAGGGCGGGGCAGCACAACGUUUGCUGAGCGUGACAUGUGAUGCCUUCGUGCGUUUGACGCAUGACUUGAAAAUCAAAACCCCGUCACGCUCGCUGUUGGACAUGUUAAUGUGUCACUUUGGCUCCAACAACGCCAAUACGCUGGAUGGGAUGCUCUUCUCACGUUACAUUGCUCCUCAAGAUCAACAGCGAUUCACUGACUUCAUCGCCGAGUCCUCUCAAGCCAAUGCACCAGCAAGGUCCUUGCAUGUGGAUAUGAAGGACUCCAGCGGUGUCACCUUCAGCGCUGAGCUCUUCCACGUCACUGUGCCCAGUUUGACAUCAGAACACGAGCACUUGAUUGGCAUCAGCAACGACUCCUCCGGGGACCGUGUGGGGCGGCUCGAGCAGACGGAUGCACAGGAUCUGACCAAAGAGCCCAACCCGUUGCCUUCAAUGGAUGGCGAUAUGCGACACAUCUUGGGGCACCGCUUCAGACAUCCGCAUCUGGAACAAGCGUCCUCCAGAAGUCGACUGUCUCUCAGUUCACGCUCCAGCAGCAACAGCAGUGGCCGGCAAUUGGACCUGGAGAAACUGAAGAGUCUGGAGAAGGUCAAUGUCAUCAUUGAUGUUGGGAGCUUUGAGGAUGACUACAUGAUCCGAUCCCUUAGCUUAACCUUCAACAUCCCCGAGAAUUGUGACAUCAAACUCUUGCCCAACCUGAUGGAAUGGCUGAAACCCAAUCACAGGAAAAAGGUCUCGGACUGGAUUCAAGCCCAUGCCAACGCCCAAUAUGCAGGGCGACCAUGCAAGGAACCAUCCUUGCGGGGUACCAAGCUGACCUCGCCCUUUCCCUCCACCAACACCUUGUUGGUGGGCGAAUUGAAAUUCGCCGGCGUUUCAGCACCUUGGAUUUGGACAAUUUUGAGUUGGCCGCGCAGAGUUUUCAGGAAAUUCACUGACUGAUGGAACCUGAAAUCACUGACAACCAGGCAUUCAACCAAUGACUAACUGCUGCUGGUGUGGUUUGGAUGUGCCGGGAUAUUCGUGAUGCCC